GAAGUGGGGAGGAGUCCGUCACCUCCCCACCCCCAUCCCGUUUUGGUGCCACCCUCACAGACGAAAUGUGAGCCUGGGUGGCCAAGGACGCCAAAGAAGCUGCCUCUUGUUUGACAGAGCCAGCACCUUUGGGCGGGACAAAGAGCCUCUGCGGCAGCUCAGCCAGGCAAGGACCACCGGCGCCCAGCUCUCCGAAGCCAGCUUCCUGAGGGCUCCGCCUGGGGUCAUGGCCAGGACUGCUCUGGACACUGCUCUCGGGAGCACAUCCCUUUCCACCUGACCACCCUGUAUCCUCCGCAUCCCUGCUGGGUUUCCUGGCUGUCCCUUCACUCCACCUUCUACCAGGUCCACCCGUCUGUCCUACAGAGCUGCUUGGGGCCACCGGCUUGGAUGGAUGCGCUGAGGCUGCCCCGGCGUCCAGGGGUCUUGCUUCCGAAGUUGGUCCUGCUCUUUGUCUACACAGAGAAUUGCCUUGCUCAGUGUGGCAAAGACUGCAGAUCUUACUGCUGUGAUGGAAGUACACCCUACUGCUGUUCCUACUAUGCCUACAUUGGGAACAUUCUCUCGGGCACUGCUAUUGCCGGCAUCGUGUUUGGAAUCGUGUUCAUCAUGGGGGUCAUUGCAGGAAUCGCCAUAUGUGUCUGCAUGUGCGUGAAGAAUAACCGGGGGACCCGGGUCGGUGUCCUCAGAACGACCCACAUCAACGCCAUCUCCUCUUAUCCUAUGACACCACCGCCCUAUACUUAUGACCAUGAGAUGGAAUAUUGUGCAGACUUGCCUCCACCGUACUCUCCAACCCCACAAGCUUCAGCCCAGCGCUCCCCACCCCCUCCUUAUCCUGGAAAUUCAAGGAAACAUUCCUCCUCCCACAACAGAAUAUGUGCCAAUUAGCAAUUUUACCCAGAACGAAAUGCCUUAAUUUAGAAACUUGCAAAAAAUGAUUAUCUACUAGUUAAGGACAGAUAAUAUCUCAGGCAGAAUGUCCAUGUGGAGACCAAGAUUCCUACCCUGCUCGGAGCUGACCUUAGAUGGAGAAUUAUGCUUGGUUCUCUGAAGUCACAUAGUAAGGGAUCUACUGAUCCACUCAAGCACAGUCAGAUUAAAGCAAUCCACUUGGCAGGCCAUCUGAUAUUGAUGCUGCUUUAGGAAAUUUCAAUAUUGAACCUGAAAUAAAGAAGAACAGAGGAUAGUCUGUCUGGUCUACAUCAGGAAACAGGUGUGUUCCAUAUAGCUUUAGGAGAACUAGAAUUGUUCAUUAUUUCAUUUGUCCACAAAUAUGUAUUCGGUGCCAGAGAAUCUAUUCUGUGCCUGGCACCAUUGGAGGUCAUGGAUGGAAGGAACCAGAAGGGAACUCUGGUUUGCGCACAGGCAUACCUCAUCUUGUUGCACUUUGUCCUUUUGCAUUUUUCAAGUGUUGUGUUUUUUUUGUUUUGUUUUGUUUUUUUAUAUAACAUGAUGGUUUGUGGUAACCUUGCACCAAACAGUAUCACUCAUCCAGCAGUAGGAACUCACUUCUUAUCUUUGUAUCACAUUUUGGUAAUUCUCAUAAAAUUUCACAUGUUUUCAUUGUUGUUAUUAUUGUGUCUGCUGUGGCGAUCUGUGAUCAGUUAAAGUUGAUAUUGUUACAGUAGUCUUCUAUUUUGUUUUGAACUCUGUCCCUAUAAGAGAGUGAGCUUAGUAUGUUGGUAAAUACUGUGUGUGUUGUGUCUGUUACACUGGAAAGCUCCUCCCCCUCCCUUUUCUGGGAACAGUAUUGAAAUUAGGCCAAUUAAUAAGCCAACAAUGACCUCUAACUUUUGAAACUAAAAGAAGAUGAAUACAUCUCUUGCUUUAAACUCAAAGCUGGAAAUAAUUCAUCUUGGUGAGAAAGGCUUGUUCAAAUCUAGGAUAGGCUGAAAGGCUGGCCUCUAUACCAGUUUAUACACUAAUGGGGAUUACUUGAAGAAUUACUAAAAAGGUCUCUCUCCGAGCACAUGAAAAGAAAGAGAAAGGUGACUCAGUGUUUAUAAGGAGGACUCUUUAGCGGUCUGGGUAGCAGAUCCAAGUAGCCAACUUCCCUUAAGUCAUAAAGCUUCAUCCAGAGCUAGGACCUAACUGCCUUCAUCCUACAAAGGCUGGCAGAGGUGAAAAUACUGUAAGAGAUUUGAAGGUAGCAGAGAUCAGUUCCUGAAGUUACAGAAAGGUGCUGCUGCCUCUGCAACAUCUAAGUGAAGGCACUGCUGUAUAGGCCUCAGCCCGUUCACCCAAAGACCCAGUUAGGAUCACAUACAAAGAUGGCUGCGGCAAACCGGAGUCUAGAUGUAAAUGAAAGAUCCUACUGCUCGAUUCAUGCCCUUUACAACUUCCACAGCCAGAGAAAAGAAGUCAUCCUACCUCCAAAGCCUCAAAAGACAGGCUGGCUUUCAUGUUAAUGUCUACAACAUAAAUGAUGAACUCAGAUGAAGCCAGUAUUCAAUGUCCAUUUACUAGCUAAAACUCCUAGCACUCUUAAGAAUAUACUAAACCUGCUCUGUCUAAAGUCUAUAAAUAGAACAACCAAGUCAGUUUUCAAUGUAGUUUAAUGAAUAUUUUAAGCCAAGUGUUGGGAUCUAUUGCUCAGGGGAAAACAAGGUUUCUUUCAAAAUUACACUGUUCAUUGACAAUGCACUGAUCACCCAAGAGCUCAGAGAAGUAUGAAGAGACAAAGAUGUUUUUAUAUUUACUCAGGUCCCAAACCCACUCCGUGCCCAAUAGAUUAUGAGUAACUUCAGUUUUCAAGUCUUACUGUUUAAUAACUAACUGCUUUGUAUAAAAUCAUAGCUGACACAGAAAUGAGUCUUCUGGAGGCUUGACAACAUCAGUCAGAGGCAUCCUGGAAAGAACUCACUAUUGCUAAAGCUAUUAAAAUCAUCCAUGAUUCCUAAAGAGGUCAGGAUAUCAAUAUUAACAUUCAUCUGGAAGAAGUUGAUUUCUACCCUCAUGCAUAAUUUUGGAGGUUUUAAGGCUUUGGUGGAGGAAGUAUCUACAGAUGUGGUAGAACCACAAAGGAAUUAGAAUUACAGAUGAAACUUGAAGAUGUAACUCAGUUACACCUCAUGAUAUCGCCACCAGUUGAACAAUUGCUUUCUUAUGCGUGAGCAAUGAAGAGUGGUCUCUUCGGAUGAAAUAUCCUCCUGGAGAAAGGUGCUGUGAGCCGAGAUGAGGUGACAAUCAAGGGUUUAUUUUUAAGUUAUUUGGUAAGUUAGCAGCAGGAUCAGAGAUGACUACAAAUUUGAAGGAAGAUGCGCUGUUCAUUAAAAGCUACCAAACAGCAUCACAUGCUGCAGAAAACCCUAUCGUGAAGAGAACUUUCAACUCAUACAGCAGGCUUCACUGUCCUUUUAAGGAACAACAGCCACCCAGCUUCAGCAACCACUAGCCUAAUAGCUGAGCAUCACUCACCCCACCACCACCAAAAAGAUUUGGACCUGCUGAAAGCUCUGGUGCUAGUCACCAUUUUUCAGCAAUACAAUAUUUGUAAUAUGGGUGUGUAUAUUGCUUUGAAGACACUUAAUAAACUGUACUACAGUAUAAACAUAACUUUCAUGUGCACUGGAAAACCAAAAAGUAUUCCUGUGAUUCUCUUGUGAAAUUUGCCUUAUAAGAAAGACAAGCAGCUUCACUGGGGACAUGGAAGAAGUGUUACUGAUAUGGGCAGAUCAAACCGAUGCCAUCUCUAAGACAGAUCUGUGAAAACAAAAUAACAAUUGCAGCAUUAUUGUUGACUAGAUAGCUUUGUGAAGAUCCCUGCCAUAAAGAUUCCAAACAAAAUCUGGCUAUGUAGUAAAGAAAUAUUCUAGAAAGGAUAUCUAAAAUGAAUAUCAGAUCAGUCCUUUGAGCUUCAAAUUUUUUUGCUUAUGUUUUAGGUAGGUGUGAAGAGACCAGUUGUAUCUCCAGCAAUGAAAACAGUAAAUGGAUUUUAUUCAUUAAUUUGAUUAUUUAAAUAAAAUCAAAGGUACUCAACAGAUUCUGGUAGCUAAGGUCUCCUUAGUUAUUACUAACCUCACCUAAAAAGCACUUGGCUUUAGUCACUGGUGUGAUGAAAGUUGUUCCAACUGUGGAAUAAAAGGUGAGAAACCAGAUAUUCCCAGGGAUUUUAUAUCAGUAAUAAAAUGCCAGAAUUUGACCAUAUACAACAGACUUUUUUUAAAGGGGGAAAUAAAAUUUGAUUUCUUUCUAUAGAUAUACAUAUACUCAAAUGUAAUAGCCAAUUUUUACAUUUUAUAAACUUUAAAAUCUAUUCUUUUAGAGAAGUUAUAUAAUUAAUGGAAAAAGUAAGUAAUGAGACAUUGUCUUUUACCCAAGUACAGAUUUUUAUGAAGUGUAAAAGCAGUCAAUAAAUAAUUCAAAUGUGCCGUAGUCUACUGCAAGUGACCUUAACAUUUGUAUUUUUACAUGGAUCCUUUUGUGUGCUUUUAAACUGUUUGCUGAACACUGGGGAUAGAUGAUGAGACCUUUAUGUCACUUUAAAAUGGAACCUAAAACAUUCAAUCCAAUAUCAUAAUUAUGAUUCAGUGAUAUUCCAAAAUGACACUAAGAAAUUUGAUAAAUUACCAAAAGAAAUAUCUUACAGUAUAAGUUAUGGAAUCUGUGCCUGUAGUUGGGAAACUUAAUACGAGUGAGCAGUGGCUUUUAUUAUAUCAAAUAUCUACAUUAGAAAUGUGUUGAUCUGACUGAACAUGGUCGACAGUGAGGUUUUAAGGCUAGAUUUGUUUUGAAUGACUUGCUUGGCUUAGGCGAGGAUAAUCUCAGGAAGAUGUGAAGCCUUCAGGGGUUCCUGGCUGUUCUAGUGAGAGGCUCCCUGCCUUGCAUGAAGUAUUAGCAGAGUGUUAACAGUACACAAGCUUUAAUUUAUUUUUCUUCUGAAAAUGUGAUUAGUUUCUACUGCUCUACAGCUAUAAUUCACAAUGCCAAAGUCUCUGGGAUUUGAGGAUGCUGUUUGCAAAUGCACUGCACGUUCCUAAGGAAAAAUGGAGAGGCAACUCUGUUGAAAUGGAAUACUCAUCUUUGCACUAAUGUAGAUGCACCAUGUGCCUCCUGUGUUCUAUAAAUAUUACCUGACCAUUUCUGUCUGCACCAUCUCUCUUUGAGUUGUGCAUGGCUUCCUCUAAGGUAUAGCACAAACAUAUACAUUUACAAUAGAUGAAGGAUUUUACUGUUUUUAUGUAGUGUCAUAAUAACAAAUGAAUAUAUCAUAGAUGUUUAAAGUUCACUGAUGUAUAUUGGAGGAAAACAAUAUUUGGUGUAAAUUUUUGGAUUAUGGUUAUUUAAAAACUAACAUUUGCUAUGGCUAAAUUGUUUAUAAUAAGCAAUAAAAUUUAAAAAAGAACUUAUUGUAACAAGAAUCA